CAUUAAUCUCCCAUUAUUAUUUCAUUCUUCAAUAGGAUUAAUAUCCGAUAUCUUCUUCAUAUUAGUCUUCAUCAUCCACAUUAGACCUUUGAUAUAAAUACAAACCUUAAACACCCUUUCACCCAAACCUCCCAUGGAGCACCACCACCAAAAGACUAGCUGUAGAGACAUUUUCUCCUUCCCUAGCACUCCAAGUCAAGUCCAAGAUUCCGAUUUCCAUUUCGAAUUCGGCUGUUUCACACCAGUUUCUCCUUCAACUGAUCCAUGCAAGACCUCACCAGCUGACCAUCUUUUCUACAAUGGUCGUCUCUUGCCUAAUUCUUUCCCAGUACUUCAACAGCAACAAACACCGACAACUGCCAUGGUUUUCGUCGGCUCAAUCUCUCGAGCAUCUAGCAGAAACUGCAUAAGCAGCAAAGAUUCCCUCAUAACAUCGAGGAGCAAUAGUGUUAACAGCAGCAGAAGCAGUGUUAGCAGCAGCGCCAGAACAAGUUGGAGCAGCGACAAUUCUGAAAGGAGAUUACUAUAUCACAGUACUAAACUUGCAAGCAGAACACCUGGCACAGCUAUAUGGAUCAUCCCAACGGUGGCAACAUAUCAAGCCUGUGCCGGCCAUGAAACAUGAGGAUUCAAGAAGAAAAAUGGUGGAAUGGUUUUGGUGAAACCAGGGUUGAUGAACAAGAAAGACAGUGGUCAUCGACAAGGGAAAAAAGAUAAGUCACCAGGGAUUUGCCGGAGAUUUUUCAGGUCACUUUUUGUGGCUUGCAGAGAAUGCCAUGCCAUGGAGCCUCCAACAGAAGAUGAUGUAUUGCAGGGAAGAGUGAA